ACGCAGAUUGACGUUCAACGGUUCUCCAAACGAAGCAUGGAGACGUCCCUUAGCAAGCAGCUGAAACGCUUGGCGUUACCCCAGUCCAGUCUUUACAAGCACAAUCGAAAACGGGUAUCGCUGUUGUUUGAUAGCAGCACCGCGGCAACUCAAGACCGAGAAACGAUUUUUGCCUUGGGAGUGACCGGCUUCGAUGAACUGGUUAACAUCGAGUCAUCUUUUGCGGAAUUUAAAGAAAGUCUGUUCAGCGACGCUGCAAUGGUUGUGGAACGAGCUAUGCUGACCAAGGAACGCAAUGCAGAUCUGGACAAAACCAUAAAACGCUUCAUCAUGAUGUCGAUCCCUUAUUUUCCACUUAGGUCUUUCCACAAGGCGUUGGAAUGGCUUAUUUAUCGGUUUCACAUACAUCAGUACAACGUCGACAUAAUGUUGCGGUGCAUCAUCUCCUAUUACGACAUGAAUAUAUUUUUACGGAUGUUGCAGAUUUUGCAAAUCAAAAAUACGGACCCUGCUUGGUACUGGCUUCUGCCGUAUCAGAAGUCCAAUGCACCGCUUGACCGUGCCGAAUUAUUGAAGCAAUGCAAGAACAACGCAAACUUCCUGAGCAUUGUGACCGAGCUCAUCCCCGAAUGUUUUGAAGCUAUCGAACAGAAACAGCACAGGUCUUUGCAGGUCGUUUUCAGCUUCUGCACAUCGAUACUCUGUGGGUAUCUCGACGCUUGCGAUGACAUCAGUGACGCUAUGGUCGCAAAAAUAAUGGCUUUCGUCGUCCGGGGAUUGAGGUCUGGCAACACUGAUUUCGCUAUGUGUUCUUUGAUGGUUACCUCAGAGCUAGCUAUUAAAUACAGUCUGCUUCCCACGACGUGUGAAAUCCUGACGGACAAAAUUCUAACGAACUUAACAGAAGAACUGGCCUUCACAGCGUUGUCGACUGUUAUUGUGCUUUUUCAGACACAGUCGUUCGACAGGAUCCCUGCAAAGGUCUUCAAGAAGAUUGUGAGGCACGACCACCAAUCUAUAAUCAUCGAGCAAGUCGAGAAGCUGAGCGACAUGACCAACGUUGAAUCUUUUGUGUCGGUGUUUUUGUCGAAUCUGUUCGAAAAUGCGGUCGACGAAGCAACCGCCAAAUCGUUUGAUGCUUCUCGUUGUGAAUUCCUAAAGGAAUGUUUGCUGGAGUGGCGACUGGACCCUGACUUAUCGGAAAUGGUUUUCAAGAUAAUGCUACAGAAAUUUGAUUUGGCUGCUAAUAAUGAAGAGAGCAAAGCGGCUUUCCAGCACAUCUUUCAUUCAACCUUGUCCCGUCUGGCGAAAAGAUAUCCCGUCACGUAUGACAUGCUGAUUGUCAAAUCAGCGAAGAAACACAUUGUAUCAGACGAAGUCCUUCAAGAAUUUACUGCCAUGUGCGGAGUUGCAGGCUUUCAGGAAGGCGGAUCCCAAAGCGACUUGCUGUUGAGUCUUUGCCACCCUACAGGCAAAGUUCGGCAUUUGGCUUUGAAGAAAAUCUUUGGCCUUUUCCGAACCGGUUAUUCACAGGUGCAGAUUUUAAAUGUAUGCUGUCUUUGA